UUGGUCUCCUCAGAGGAAAGGGAGAGAGAGAGAGAAAGAGAGCGCCGCAAAUUCAACAUAUGAUAAGCACAUGGCGAUGUCGUAAUUCUGAAUUCAUUAGCGAGACACACUGAAGGAAUCAAACGGGGGCGAGCGGGAGGGUGAACGGAGAGAGCCCCCGCAAAGGAAAAAGAGAGGAAGAAGAGGAACAGGAGGGAGGGAGGGAGGAGAGAAAGGGAAGCCCAGAAAAAGAAAGCGGAGAGAGAGAGAGAGAGAGAGAGAGAGAGGGAGAGUGAGUGGAGUCAAAGAGCAGACACUGCAUGUGGCUGUGGUGGGAGUUAGCUGGUUAUGGAGGGGGACAAAUUCUCAGCGCUGAAGCGGUCGUUCGAGUUGGAAGAGGCGGAUUCCUCCGCGACCUCCUCGCCCCUGACUCGCCGGAACACCAACCCCCUCCGCUCAUCCUCCUCCUCCGUGUCCAGCCAGCGGAGCUACGACCUGAGCUCCCGCAGCUCCGACUUCUCCUCCACCAGGUCCUCUCCCUCGGAGUCCUCCAAUCCGCGCUCCCCGAAGACGGGCAUGAGGCGCGUGGAGUUAUCGGGUCGUAACCCCGACGCGGCCUCGUCCCGCCGCACGGAGAUGUCCAUUGAGGUUUCCUCCAAGCAGAUUGACAGCUCGCCCAGCGCCGGCAUCGCCCGCUUUGGUCUGAAGCGGCCCGAGGUCAGCUUGAGCAAUCGUAGUACUCUCCUGGACAGCUCCUCCAACUCCGUCGCCGGCCCCGCCAACCGGCGGGCGGAGCUCGGCGUGACGCGGGCCCACGACCCCCCGGCGCCCCCCAGGAGGAUCGACGCCCAGCUGUCCUCUGCGCCGACCUCGAGGAUCCCCGAGCCCCCCCAGAGAAGAGCGGAGCCCGCGUCCCCGAGCACCGGCUCCCUCGAGGGGGCCUCGAGGAGGCCGGAGAUGCCCGUCUUCAGGCAGCCGGACGGGCCGGUGCCGAGCGGCGCAGUGGAGAACGACCACCACCACCACAACAACAACCACCACAACCACCCGCCUCCAGCUCCCAGCGCCCCUCCGCCUGCCCCGACCGAGCCGAGGGUGGAGAGGAUGCGGUCCCCGGUCACAGAGGCCCCCGUAGCCCGGCCAGCACACAGGCUGGAGGUGAUUUCCAGCUACAGCAGCAGUGCCAUGUCUGAGGCGUUGGUGCCUGAUGCCACGGUGCCUCCAGCGGCGGGUGGCCCGCCGUACGGGGAGAAGGCCGGCGGCCCCACGGUGGACUUCAGCUACGUGGGCAUCGACGCCAUCCUGGAGCAGAUGAGGAGGAAGGCCAUGAAGCAGGGCUUCGAGCUCAACAUCAUGGUAGUGGGACAGAGUGGCCUGGGAAAGUCUACUCUGAUGAACACCUUGUUUAAGUCUAAAGUGAGCCGUAAGUCGGCGCUGGCUACAGCGCAGGAGAAGAUCCCCAAAACAAUAGAAAUAAAGUCCGUCAGUCAUGACAUCGAAGAGAAGGGAGUGAGAAUGAAGCUGACGGUCAUUGACACACCAGGUUUUGGAGACCAGAUCAACAAUGAGAACUGCUGGCAGCCCAUCAUGAAGUUCAUCAAUGACCAGUAUGAGGCGUACCUGCAGGAGGAGAUCAACAUCAACAGGAAGAAAAGGAUUCCGGACUCCAGAGUCCACUGCUGCAUCUACUUCAUCCCCCCGACCGGACACUGUCUGCGGCCUCUGGAUGUAGAAUUCAUGAGACGUCUCAGCAAAGUGGUCAACAUCGUCCCAGUCAUUGCCAAGGCAGAUACACUCACCCUGGAAGAGAGGGACUUCUUCAAAAAGAAGAUCAGGGAAGAGCUGCGAGCCAACGGGAUCGACGUGUACCCUCAGAAGGAGUUUGACGAGGAUGCUGAGGACCGGAUGAUAAACGAGAAGAUCAGGGAGAUGAUCCCGUUUGCUGUGGUGGGCAGCGACCAGGAGUACCAGGUCAAUGGCAGGAGGCUGCUGGGGAGGAAGACAAAGUGGGGAACCAUUGAAGUCGAGAACAUAGCCCACUGUGAGUUUGCCUAUCUACGAGAUCUCCUGAUCCGGACCCAUAUGCAGAACAUUAAGGACAUCACCAGCAGCAUCCACUAUGAAAUGUAUCGCGUGCGGCGCCUCAACGAGAACAACACGGUGGCGGCGGCUCACGCCAACGGUGUGCCGGAGCAUCGCCUCGCCGCCCACGAGAUGUAGAGGCCAGCCGCCUCGCUGCAGCUCACCUCAACGGGUCAGAACUCAUUCGCCGUGAGGCUUUGACCCUCCAUGACAGUCUUCCAGCCCUCCACUCCACCCUUCUCCAUCUCACAGGUGGGACAGGAACUUAUUAAAAGCCGGCCAGAGGGGACUUUUGUUUUUCGGUGCCUGUCGGACUGUUCGUGUCAGUUUUUUGCCUCGUUCCACCAUGACAAAGAGAGUGAAGGGAAGACUGAUUCUUCUUCAUGUGCUGCAUCCAGAUCUCACGGUUUACUUUUGUGAUUUUAUUUUUUUUGACAUUGAGGCAACCGUCAAAACAGAAACGACUUACACUUAAUAGCUUUUAUUGCCACAGUUGCCUUAAGCAGUGUCAUGGUAUACUCAACUU